AAAUGUUGGCAGUUCCGAAUUAAAUUUUAGGCUAAGGUUAUGAUUAUUCAAUACAUCAGAUUAGUUUAAUAAAUGUGUAAAAUGCAAUUUUGUUAGAUAUUUAGUUUAAAUAUGUUUAUUCUUUGGAGAUCUUGUCAAGGCGGUAUUGCGGAGGCUUACAAAUUUACCAGGUUAAUACGUAUGAGUCAUGUUGGCAAUUGCAAAAAUUUAAGAAAGAAGCAUACAGACGUCAUAGUGGUUCCUGUGACAAGAAUUCCUCCGCUAAGCCAGAAAUGUGAUACAAGUAUAGUUGACAAUUUGCCACAAGAUAAGGUUGAGAGAGAUGCUUAUGCUUGGCAACCAAGCCCAAACAACAGCUUUGAAAAUUUUAUAAGCUCUUCUAAAAAGUUGUCCAAAUUCCGCUUAACAUCUUUAGUUGUUGUAACUGCAAUGAGCGGAUACGCAAUGGCACCAGCUCCAUUCGAUUUAUGUACAUUUUUAGCAUGUUCUUUGGGUACUGGUUUGGUUUCCGCAGCUGCUAAUGCAAUAAACCAAUAUCAUGAAGUGCCGUUUGAUUCUCAGAUGUCAAGAACAAAAAAUCGCGUUUUGGUCACAGGUCAGAAGACACCUCUAUAUGCAAUAGGAUUUGCAGUGAUAUCAGCAACCGCCGGAUUAAGUUUACUUGGUUUCGGCGUGAAUGGGUUAACUGCUGCUUUAGGUGCCACUAAUCUGUUCUUGUACACUUCUGUAUAUACACCUAUGAAAAGGAUAAGUAUACUAAAUACAUGGAUUGGUUCUCUUGUUGGAGCUAUUCCUCCAUUGAUGGGAUGGGCUGGAUGUGCCGGAAAUCUAGACUUAUCAGCAUUUGUGUUAGCCGGAGUACUUUUUGCUUGGCAAUUCCCUCAUUUUAACGCUCUGUCAUGGAAUCUACGGCCGGAUUAUUCACGUGCUGGCUAUAGAAUGAUGGCUGUGACUAAUCCUGCGUUAUGCCGUCGCACCGCUUUGAAAUACACUGUGGUUAUUGCCUUACUUUCCGCUGCAGCACCAUUGCUUGACUUGACAUCAUCCUGGUUUGUUUUGGAGACUUUUCCUUUGAAUGCAUACUUCUGUUAUUUGGAUGUAUUACAGCAUUCCUGGCUUGGCUCGUGAACUGGAGUUUUAUCUAUGUUUGAGAACAUGGCAACGUUUAUAAAUGAGCAAUACGCUGACAUCCUAAUGUUACAAAGAAUGGUCCUCGCGGACUCGUGAUGAAUACUUGUUACGGUAUCCUACUUCCCAAGUACCUGGUGUAAGUGUCUUGAACGGAAUCUACCGCGGAUUACGACAAACUAUGUAGUUAUGUUAUGAGACGGUGUGCUGAUAUGUGCUGACCCUCUCAAUUUGACGAGGAAUUAGGAAACGAGAUACGGCGUCUCUUUUAGACAGACGCAACCACAUUUGCCAAUGUUAUUGCAGAACAGCUGAUUUUGCGGUAGUGGAAGGUUUGAUUCGUAAUGCAUAUUACGUAAAGUACUCAUAUCGCUAUACGUCUGUGCAAGUGAUAGAAGGACGUGAUCCAAUGAGACAAGAGUUUUGCAGAUUUAUGCUGGCUGCUGAUGUGGAAGGUGCAUCUUGUGGACACAUAACUACCAUAAUGCCCACUGUGGUGUCAAAUGAAAUACCUCAUAUACAAUGAGAUGAUUCCGAUCGAUAAUGUAGAUGUCUUAAACCAAAGACUUUAGAAAGCAUCUAAGAAAAAUCAUCGUGGAAAAUAAUAUAUAGAAUUCGUAUCAGGAAAAGGGGCGGUCAUGUCGAAAAUUGAUUGCAAUAUAUAAAAAAGUUUAAAAUUUUAAGUUUUUUGGAUAGCUAAAAUGACAUACUAGCAUUUAAAAUAAUUUGCAAAAUAGUUUCCACAAAUUCGAAAUUUUAUCACGCAGUCAUUUUUAUUUAUCAGGACUUGGUUAAAAUUUUAUUGAUGAUUUUUAUUAAUUUGCACACCCUUUAACUUUGAACUAACGUUUAAAGCGUUCCAAAAAAUAUUUUUAAAAUCUUUAAAUUCGAAUACCUCGACCAGACCGGUGCUAGUCAUCAUAUCAUAAAACCAAAUUAAUCAGAAUUUAUCUUAAUAAUUAUUUCCUUUAGUACCUAGGAUGUCUUUACCGGUAAUCGGAGUUUUAAUCAUUUAAACUCUAUAUUAUUUUAGUCUUUUCCUUAUUAUCAUUCAAUCGAUAAUCUAGCGUUUUAGCCAGUAAGAAAUUUUGUAGAUUAUUGACUUUUCCAACGAAAAUAAACAAAUAAAUAAAUAAACCUCAUCUUUAUUUUACUA